CAUACCCUGGACUCCAUUCAGUUUGUACUAAAAAACAGAGAAGAAAGAAAAAAUGGUUCUUUUCGUGGUUGGUCUUAGGUGUACCACCACCACAUGAUUCCUGACAUUAUUGUAGAAAACUAGACCUCAUAGCAAGAACAUGUCAAAUAUUUAUUAGCCCUACAAAGGAUGCCAAGUGAGCCAACUACACAUCCCAAUUAGAUAAGCUGAUCUUCUAGACUUAGCUGCUUUGUUUUUUCUACAAAAAAGGAUGUCAAGGGCUCUGCUUUGGAUAAUACUUGCUCUCCUCAUUGUGUCAACAAUUCCUCAACAAUCUGAUGGGCAAUAUGAGCAAUGGUGCAUAGCUGAUGAGCAAACUCCGGACGAUGUGCUGCUCAACGCGUUGGACUGGGCAUGUGGGAAUGGUGCAGACUGUAGAAAGAUUAACGAUGAUCAACCUUGCUAUUUCCCCAACACAGUGAAAGACCAUGCUUCCUAUGCCUUCAAUAGUUACUUCCAGAAGUUCAAGCACAAGGGCGGAUCUUGUUACUUCAAUGGAGCUGCCAUCAUUACAGAACUUGAUCCCAGUAAGCAUGAACAAAAUCUCGAAUCUUUCUUUUACUUCUACAGCAAAUAACUAAUCGCAAUCAUACUUUUUCUAUAAGAUUCUCUGCAUGGUAAUUCUUGUGUUCAAUGUGGAUUUGCAGGUUAUAACUAUUGCCACUAUGAGCUCAUUCCCUGAUACUAGGCAAAUUAAGGAGUACUUACAGAAAAUAAACAUUACAAAUUGAGUUACUUAUCUUGCUUAUGUAGUGAAAUCAAUUGUUGUACCUGGAGACAGAUCUUGAGACCCAAAAAAGAAGUGCAGUACGGCAGGGGUAACCAUGCUGUGAGAGUCGAAUGCGAAAGUGCAGUGUCUCU